AUGGCGAUUAUUGGCGAGCUCCCAGGCGUUAAAAUCACUAUUGAAGUCAACGGCCUCAACGCACAAGAAUAUGAGGAUCAAGACGGCCCGACAGAGGAUAAGAAUCCCAGACGAGCUCAGCGUCGCAGCUACAAAUAUGUCGAGUCGCAUGACAACGCUCCUUUUUCCGUUGUCUAUGAAGUAGACAACAGGAGUAGUCGGCUCGCGGAUCAGGAAGCUCUGGGAAUUUUUCUCUUCGUCGACGGGAAUCAGAUGGAUAGCGUCCUCUGGGAGGCAUCUCGACAUCCCGGUGACGGUGCUGUCUGGCGACAUGUUGUCAGUGGAGCGAGGAUUGCUUCCGCACAUUCGGGGUUGGACUUUUUUCGCAAGUUCCAAUUUGCCAAAGUCACGACUGUCGACGACGCCGAGAACACACGCGUAGCCGACGACAUCAAGGUUUCAGAGUCACUCGGAAUGAUUCAGGUCUAUGUCUACAGUUGUACGAUUAAGUCUAAUCGUUUCGUUGAAGGACGGGCCACGCCAGCCGCGUCACAAGAUAAGUCAUUCGAGUUGGCCGAGAAGGCGCUCAAGGGCCGAGCCGUCUCUCACGGAACUUCAUAUGCCGACGGCGGACUCAUCCCGCAGACUCAUUCAGUAUCUGUUCAUUUCCAUCCGAAGGAACCCAUCGCAUUAUACAGCUUUAAAUACCGAUCCAGAGAUGCUCUCCACAAGGAGCUAAUUAUACCUCGCUCUCCAAGCCCACAGGGCAUCAACGGACUCUCAGAUGCUGAGAUCCGCCGAUUAGCUGCUGAGCGACUUGAGGACAUAAAUCAGCAGAACCGCCAGUCCCCCAUACUGAAGCGAGAGGCAAAGGAUCCCGUAAUUAAGCGUGAACACGCCGAGUUUUAUGACCUGACGGAAGAGCCGACCAAGCGGGAAUGGAAAAAGGUCAAGAUUGACAACAUGCACGAGGCUAUUGAUCUCACGGACGACUAG